GCGCUGCCGCACCGGUCACGUGGACGUUUGGUCAUGUGACUGCGUCCGUGGGCCUCCCGUUGGAACCGGCGGACGCUGUUGGCGUUGUGGGGCAGGGGGUGGUGGGGCAAGAUGGCGGCUCACCUGUCCUACGGACGAGUGAACCUAAACGUGUUGCGCGAGGCGGUGCGUCGCGAGCUGCGCGAGUUCCUGGACAAGUGCGCAGGAAGCAAGGUGAGGGGCGGGAGGCAGCGACACCGCCCUCGCCUCCCCUGGUCCGGCCUGGAUUAAUCCGUUCCCUGACCGCCUGAGUUCGCGGUUUACGAGGUCCCCGGGGCUUCCAAGGAGGCGAGCCUCAGGGCCCUUUUACCUGCACCCCUGUGCAGGCGGCAGCGAUGAAGGUGGGGAGCCUGGGCGUACAGCCUGGAGCCGGAGUGGCACCGCGACUGUUUUGUGAGAGCAGAGUAAGCCACUGUGAUGGCCCGGCAGCUGAUGAGCUGGUUUACGUCAGGUGUUUCCUCCGCUACCUGCCGAGGCACCGGACGGGCAAUAGUUUGGGAUGAAUACCUAACUGGACCCUUUGGCCUGAUUGCACAGUAUUCACUAUUGAAGGAACAUGAAGUGGAAAAAAUGUUCACACUUAAAGGAAAUCGUUUGCCGGCAGCUGAUGUGAAGAAUAUAAUUUUUUUUGUCAGACCCAGGCUAGAGUUGAUGGAUAUAAUUGCUGAAAACGUGCUCAGUGAAGAUAGACGAGGCCCAACGAGAGAUUUUCAUAUUCUGUUUGUGCCACGCCGUAGCCUGUUGUGUGAACAGCGGUUGAAGGAUCUGGGUGUCUUGGGAUCCUUUAUUCACAGGGAGGAGUACAGCUUAGAUCUCAUUCCAUUCGAUGGGGAUCUCUUAUCCAUGGAAUCAGAGGGUGCAUUCAAAGAGUGCUACCUGGAGGGUGACCAGACGAGCCUGUACCACGCAGCCAAGGGGCUGAUGACCCUGCAAGCUCUGUACGGAACGAUCCCCCAGAUCUUUGGGAAAGGAGAAUGCGCUCGGCAAGUGGCCAAUAUGAUGAUCAGGAUGAAGAGAGAGUUUACAGGAAGCCAGAAUUCAAUAUUUCCUGUUUUUGAUAAUCUCUUGUUGCUUGAUCGGAAUGUGGAUUUAUUAACACCUCUUGCCACUCAGCUGACAUAUGAAGGACUCAUUGAUGAAAUUUAUGGCAUUCAGAACAGUUAUGUGAAAUUACCUCCAGAGAAAUUUGCACCUAAGAAACAGGGCGAUGGUGGUAAGGACCUCCCCACGGAAGCAAAGAAGCUGCAGCUGAAUUCUGCAGAGGAGCUCUAUGCUGAGAUCCGAGAUAAGAACUUCAACGCUGUGGGCUCUGUGCUCAGCAAGAAAGCAAAGAUCAUCUCUGCAGCAUUCGAGGAAAGACACAAUGCUAAGACCGUGGGGGAGAUCAAGCAGUUUGUUUCCCAGUUGCCCCACAUGCAGGCAGCAAGGGGCUCGCUUGCAAACCAUACCUCAAUUGCAGAAUUGAUCAAAGAUGUCACUACUUCUGAAGACUUCUUUGAUAAAUUAACCGUGGAACAGGAGUUUAUGUCUGGAAUAGACACUGAUAAGGUCAACAAUUACAUUGAGGAUUGUAUCGCCCAAAAGCACUCGUUGAUCAAGGUGUUAAGACUAGUUUGCCUCCAAUCCGUGUGUAAUAGUGGGCUCAAACAAAAAGUUUUGGAUUAUUACAAAAGAGAGAUUCUCCAGACGUACGGCUAUGAGCACAUAUUGACCUUACACAACCUGGAGAAGGCCGGCCUGCUGAAACCGCAGACGGGGGGCAGAAACAAUUACCCAACUAUACGGAAAACAUUACGCCUCUGGAUGGAUGAUGUUAACGAGCAAAACCCCACGGACAUAUCCUAUGUGUACAGUGGGUAUGCCCCGCUCAGUGUGCGGCUGGCCCAGCUGCUUUCCCGGCCUGGCUGGCGGAGCAUCGAGGAGGUCCUCCGCAUCCUCCCAGGGCCCCACUUUGAGGAGCGGCAGCCACUGCCCACAGGACUGCAGAAGAAACGUCAACCGGGAGAAAACCGAGUGACUCUGAUAUUUUUCCUUGGGGGCGUAACCUUCGCUGAAAUUGCUGCCCUGCGAUUUCUCUCCCAGUUGGAAGAUGGAGGUACAGAAUAUGUCAUUGCCACCACUAAACUAAUGAAUGGAACCAGUUGGAUAGAGGCUCUGAUGGAAAAACCUUUCUAGGAUGUUCAGAGGAGACUUAACAAGUGUACUGCAGAAUAAACUGCCUCUUUGAAGAAGUUGCUGAAAGGAAGUAAAACCCCAUAGAAGAAACAUGGGAAUACAGAAUAUAUUCUGGGGUCAGCUUCUUAAAUUAUACUACUGUUUACUGCUUUCUCCAUCUCUUUUGUAUUCCUUUUUUUUUUUUCCUUUGAGACGGAGUCUUGCUCUGUCAUCCAGACUAGAGUGCAGUGGCACAGUCUCACCUCACUGCAACCUCCACCUCCUAGGUUCAAGCAAUUCUCCUGCCUCAGCCUCCUGAGUAGCUGGGACUACAGGCAUGCACCACCACACCCGGCUAAUUUUUGUAUUUUUAGUAGCCAUGGUGUUUCACCAUGUUGGCCAGGCUGGUCUCAAACUCCUGACCUCAGGUGAUCCACCUGCCUCGGCCUCCCACAGUGCUGGGAUUACAGGCCUGAGCCACCGUGCCUGGCCCCUAAUCUGCUGAAGAAAGAAGAAUAGAAGAAAAUCAACCUGAGUAAAAGCAGCACUGGUUUUGAGUUUUCUAAGCUCAGGGUCUUCAUUAGAGACCUCUGGAAAUACAUUAAGGAUGGUGGGGGUAGAUAAUCCAUUCAGCCAGACAAACGGGGCCAGCUCUUAAAAUAAGAAAGCUGAGACUGAGGAGGUGAAACUGAAAAUAAAAAGAGAAAGUUCAUCCUCUAAUCCCCAGUGCUGUAUUUCUUCAAGGCGCAUCAGGCCUAGGACAGUGGUUAAGUGUUGGGAGCUGGAGAUCAUUUUAUCACUGAGUUGAGAUUUCUUUUUCCUGCAGAGUAUGGGAGAUUAUAUUUAGGGUCAUCAGUCACUGUCGCAACUGAUCACUAAGGCAAGUUUGCUUCCUUCUACUUCUUACAAAGCAAGAGGUUUAGGGGAGCUUCUUGCCCAGAAACAAAGUUUAUGCUCUAUGUGAUCAGCUACAUCUCUUUAGGUUCCAUACUUAUCAGGGGCUUUUGACAUGGAAGAAUGUGAUAACUGGGGAGCAGCCUUCUGAGAAUUCAGCCUUUGAAGUAAUUCAAAGACAGUUUCUUAGCACACACGUUAACUCCAGACACAGCAGUGGUGGGUGCCUCCAUUGAGGUUUCCAUUUUCUCUUCUGUCCAUCAAGGGCCCAACAUCCAACUGGUCCCACAGUGAGCAGGGGCAACUCUUUUUUCUUCAGCAUCUGGCCACUUCGUUUCCAUGGUAACUGCCACGUGUACUUUUCUAGCAGUCUGUGGCCACUCCGUACUCAGCUGAAAACACUGUUUCAGCCCCCUCUCUGGUGACCUCAGCCUUCUCCAGGUGUAUCUCUUGAUGAUCUUGGAGACCAGCAGCCACAGCUGCUGCUACUCCUGCAGGAGACUGUCAGGCUGUGGUGGGGGGCAGGGGUGUUGGAGGAGAAGUUGAAAAUCCGUGUGUUCUCUGCCUCUCUACUCCUCCAUCUUAGCUUCUGGAGGAGUUAAGGCACCAAGGGCACCAAGUCAGGUUGGCAGUUUUGCUGCCCUUGCCCAAGCCUCCAGCAAAACUAGCUGGUCCCCUGCUUUGCUGGGUCCUAGCCAGGUGUGGUUUUGGUUGUUGAUUAGUAACCACACAUUGUUUUUCACCACCUUUUUCAUUAGUGGAGGUUUUUUUUGUUUUGUUUUUGUUUGUUUGAGACAGAGUCUCACGCUCUUUUCGGGCUGGAGUGCAGUGGUGCGAUGUCAGCUCACUGCAACCUCCACUUCCCGGGUUCAGACGAUUCUCAUGCCUCAGCCUCCUGAGUAGCUGGGAUUACAGAUGUGCACCACCACACCUGGCUAAUUUUUGUAUUUUUAGUAGAGAUGGGGUUUCACCAUAUUGGCCAGGCUGGUCUCGAACUCCUGACCUCAGGCGAUUGGCCCACCUCGGCCUCCCAAAGUGCUGGGAUUACAGGUGUGAACCACCGUGCCCGGCCCAUUAGUGGAGUUCUGAUGGGCACGGUAAAUAUUAUUAAUGAAAGAGAAAUUCUGUAUACUUUUUAAAAAAUCUCUUUAAUAAAAGAAUGAAGGGUGGCAGAGAUAAUAAUUGAAAGAUUAGUUUCUCAUGGAAUUAAUUUGGCCUUGAUAUUCAGUAUUUGGAAAUGUCUUAAAGAAAACCAUUUUCAUUGUAGAAAAUCCUUUUUUAAAUACUUGUUAUAUCCCAGGGAGAUUAGUUUAUACCUUCCACCUCAGGCAGUCAUCAGCUGCUUUAGAGAAUGAAAUCCACCCUGCCCCUCCAUUUUUUGGUUCCUGGGGUUCAAUUCAAGUCUGGUCAAGUCUCCCUGGCUGGGGAUUCUGUCCUGGGAACAGAUACUCAGUUGUAGUCUCAUGUGUCAUGAGACUCUCCCAAGACUCUAUAUACUUGCUUGCUCAGAGCAUAGUUAGGGCAGCUCCUAAAAAUGCAUUCAGCAGAAGACUGAAAAACUUCAAUUGUUUCAUUUGUAUGCAAAGAGAAAAUGGUAGAUAAUUAUAUAUUAUACGCCUUUGUGUAAGUUCAUUUAAUACUUGAAGCAGUCUUUGUCUCAAAAGAGUAUGCCCUUACUGAGAAAGGAUAUGUGAACGGUACAUUUAUUGUUGGGGAGAGUGGAUUGUUUACAUCAUGUCUGGACUUUUGUCUAGUUGGGUAGACAGUUCUACACCAGCAGCCCCCUUAAUAAAGAAGUCUACACAGACA